AUGCAAAUAAACUGCCAUCUCUCUUUUCAAUUAACUCUUGUUUUGACAACAAUUUUCGACGUCACAAAUCAACAAGACACCACUUUGAACUGGACAGAAAUUGUUGGAAACGAAAAGCUUGGUGUCUUUUAUGAGAACACUCAACGAUUGUACUUUGAGCUUUUCGAGAGAAGAGCCUAUAAACGAGAGCUUUCACCAAUCUACUCUCUUCAACCAUACAAUCUAACAGCUCAAGAGGUUCCACGCUUCAACGUGAACAUCACUUUAGCAUAUGUUAAAGUGAUUGAACUGGCCGCACAGAGCCAAGAAAUCGAUCAACUUUUCGAGUUUGGCUUUGAAUGGACAGAUCCACGUCUUCAAUGGAAUCCCGACGAUUUUGGUGGUGUGAGCAAAAUUUGGCUUCAAAUGGACUCGAUUUGGUUGCCCGAGAAUAGCAUCAGCAAUGCG